GCUGUCACAAAUGCUUUCAAACUUACAUUCAUUGGUUCUCGCGCACCUGAAACUGCAAACGAUUGCAUUACAAUUGAGAAUUAGCAGACUGUUAAAGUUCUUUUUAACAAUUUGUAUAACAAACCAGGGCGUCUCACGCCAUCUCUCUGAAAUGAAAUUCGGAUAUAGACACCCUUGCGCUUAAGGGCACUGCGCUCUUGCAGCAGCGCCUCUGCCCAACGGGGGGCGGCAGUAUCUCAGUAACUCCAAAGACAAGUAGGUGGGAGGAGAGAUUCGCGUUCAAAAUCUUUUUGCCUCUAUCCACUCGCCGUAGCGCCUUAGCCCGCUCGAGUUUCAAUGCGCGUUGUUGCUUAACGAAGCUGAGUGCUACACACCGUCCGCUGCUCUCCUGAUCAUGGCUUCUCCGAGUUCUUUCACCUACUAUUGCCCUCCAUCUUCCUCCCCUCUCUGGUCAGAACCGCUGUACAGUCUGAGGCCGGAGCACGCGCGAGAGCGGUUGCAGGACGACUCGGUAGAAACAGUCACAUCCAUAGAACAGGCAAAAGUAGAAGAAAAGAUCCAGGAGGUCUUCAGUUCUUACAAGUUCAACCACCUUGUACCAAGGCUUAUCUUGCAGAGAGAGAAGCACUUCCAUUAUCUGAAAAGAGGCCUUCGACAACUGACAGAUGCCUAUGAGUGUCUGGAUGCCAGCCGCCCAUGGCUCUGCUAUUGGAUUCUGCACAGCUUGGAACUGCUAGAUGAACCCAUCCCCCAGAUAGUGGCUACAGAUGUGUGUCAGUUCCUGGAGCUAUGUCAGAGCCCAGAAGGUGGCUUUGGAGGCGGCCCUGGUCAGUAUCCACACCUUGCACCCACAUAUGCAGCAGUCAAUGCUUUGUGCAUCAUUGGCACCGAGGAGGCCUAUGACGUCAUUAACAGAGAGAAGCUUCUUCAGUAUUUGUACUCCCUGAAGCAACCUGAUGGCUCCUUUCUCAUGCAUGUUGGAGGUGAGGUGGACGUGAGAAGCGCAUACUGUGCCGCCUCCGUAGCCUCUCUGACCAACAUCAUCACUCCAGACCUCUUCGAGGGCACUGCGGAAUGGAUAGCAAGGUGUCAGAACUGGGAAGGCGGCAUUGGUGGGGUACCAGGGAUGGAAGCGCACGGUGGCUAUACCUUCUGUGGCCUGGCUGCGCUGGUAAUCCUCAAGAAGGAACGUUCCUUGAACUUGAAGAGCUUAUUACAAUGGGUGACAAGCCGGCAGAUGCGAUUUGAAGGAGGAUUUCAGGGCCGCUGCAACAAGCUGGUGGAUGGCUGCUAUUCCUUCUGGCAGGCAGGGCUCCUGCCCCUGCUCCACCGUGCACUGCACGCCCAAGGUGACCCUGCCCUUAGCAUGAGCCACUGGAUGUUCCAUCAGCAGGCCCUGCAGGAGUACAUCCUGAUGUGCUGCCAGUGCCCUGCUGGGGGGCUUCUGGAUAAACCUGGCAAGUCACGUGAUUUCUACCACACCUGCUACUGCCUGAGCGGCCUGUCCAUAGCCCAGCACUUCGGCAGCGGAGCCAUGUUACAUGAUGUGGUCCUGGGUGUGCCCGAAAAUGCUCUGCAGCCCACUCACCCAGUGUACAACAUUGGACCAGACAAGGUGAUCCAGGCCACUACAUACUUCCUGCAGAAGCCAGUCCCAGGUUUUGAGGAGCUUAAGGAUGAGACCUCAGCAGAGCCUGCAAGUGACUAGACGACCUGGGUCCCUGCAGCUCUGUGCUCACUCAUCUCCCCAGUCAGACAAGGUUUAUACGUUUCGAUACAUAACGCGUUCUGUGCUACACAAGCCUUAGCCACAUUGGAGCUGUGGUUCUCUUUGUCAUUUCUUGUCAAACAAACAAAACAAACAAAACAAAACAAAAACCAGUGGCUCUGGGUUUGGACAACACAGUGGCUGGUUUUAAAAAUUCUUUCCACACCUGUCAAACCAAAAAUCUGUCAGCCCAUGUGCUGUGGGUGAACAGUGCACGCUGGGAGGAAGCAGCCCCUCCCUACCAGCUCUCCAGCCAGGAUGAUCACACAGAGAUGAAUGGCAUCUGAGUAUUAUGGCAUCCAGCGCCUCUGCUGACUCCCACUUGCACGCCACCAUUCAGUCACCAGACUGGGUGCCCUCCCAUGGGUGAAAUAAGUCUGCUCCAUGCCAAGGCUGGGCUUUGGGUCCCACCAAGAUGAGUUCUCUGGAAGACUGUGGUGGGGUUGCACCAGGAGGUGCCUCUGCAUCUUGACUCCCACCCUGCUCAUUUGCAAGGGAAAGGAGCUGGAGGUGGGGGGAGAAAGGUCUCCUUCGGUUGGGAGUCCCUCCCCUUCAACACUGGAGAACUGAGCCUUGCAUCUCUCCAGGGUCCAGGUCCAUGCUUGGUGCACAGGCAAGACUUGCUUCAGCCCCAGGUGUGGCGACUUAAACUUGGGAAAUAAUUUUGAGUAGAAAAGGAACCUUGAGUUCAACGUGCCAUAGGAAGCAGCCCUCCAGUGCCCACCCACCUCACCCCUCCCCAUCACGUACCGUGAAACCCCCUCUGCUGGCCCCAAGGCAGUACCUGCAGCUGAGAUCAUUCUGUGGGUUUCUGUCUUUCUUCCACCAGACUCCAAGCCCACUCUUCUCCAAGAUAGUGUUGUCUUUUCUCACCCAGAGUAUUAACACUACUAAGUCUUUCACCUUAAUUUAUGACUCAGGAUUUAUUCAUGUCCUACUCACUCUAGGCUCACAGGAAUAAAAUCAAGUGCUAGACAGGCUGGUUGCCACUAAGGCACUAGCCUUGGGAGCUGAUGGUGGCAGCAGGGGGUGCCGCCCAGCGUGCUGAGUGCUGGCUGUGCCUCUGCUGUGCUGCACAUGAGCCCCUUCUCAAUCAGUGGGGUGUCGAGUUGGGUCAUCUGGCCUUCAUGUAAGCAGCUGUGGGCAGACAGGAGCAAUGAGCCUCUUAGAAAAGCCUGGCCAUGUGCUGCCUCUAAUUCCCUUUUGCUUUUACCUAUUGGGCUAUUACCUCCAUGAAAUAAUAAAAUAAUAACAUUUUCUA